CACAUAUAGAAUAUGCCACUACUCACUCUUUUUGUGUCCUUGGUGACAAGGAGAUGCAUCAACAUGUUCACACUUCACACUUCACACCUCACACACAAAUAUGUAUUAUAUAUAUAUAAGUAGUAUUAAGUAGUUUAGGAACAAAUCUACUUCAUAAUUCAUCUAUAAUUUUUCUCUGAUCUCUUGUUAUAAGAAAGGUCCUUAAUUAAUACACAAAAAUGGGUUCACCCCCAAAGAAUAAGGGAGAGAGGAAAAUAGAGAGAGGUUCCAUAACUAUAAUCUUGAGAUAUGCAGAUUGUGUUGAUGUUUUGCUUAUGUUAAUGGGUGCUGUUGGAGCAGUUGGAGAUGGCAUGUCCACAAACAUUCUUCUCAUCUUCGCUAGCCGCAUCAUGAACAGCUUAGGAUAUGGCAACCAACAACAACAACAACAAAGUAGUGGCACUGCCAACAAUUACAUGUCCCAGGUUGAAAAGUGCAGCUUGUAUUUUGUGUACUUGGGACUAGCAGUGAUGGUGUUGGCCUUCAUGGAAGGGUACUGUUGGAGUAAAACAAGUGAGAGGCAGGUGUUGAGAAUUCGGUACAAGUAUUUGGAAGCUGUUCUAAGACAAGAAGUGGGGUUUUUUGAAUCACAAGAAGCAACUACUUCUGAAAUCAUCAAUUCCAUAUCAAAAGACACUUCUCUCGUCCAAGAAGUCCUAAGUGAAAAGGUGCCACUAUUCUUAAUGCACUCAUCAUCAUUCAUCUCUGGGAUUGCUUUUGCCACCUACUUCUCAUGGAGGCUGGCCUUAGUAGCAUUCCCAACACUUGUACUUCUCAUAAUCCCUGGCAUGAUCUAUGGCAAAUACCUAAUCUAUCUGUCAAAGUCAUCUGCCAAGGAGUACGGGAAGGCAAACGCCAUCGUGGAGCAGGCGUUAAGCUCCAUCAAAACCAUUUAUUCGUUCACGGCGGAGAGGAGAAUCCUUGUGAGGUAUUCAGAGAUCUUAGAGAGAACCUCAAGGCUUGGAAUCAAGCAAGGGAUAGCAAAGGGUUUAGCUGUUGGAAGCACAGGUUUAUGCUUUGCAAUUUGGGCUUUUCUUGCUUGGUAUGGAAGCCAUUUGGUUAUGUACAAAGCUGAAAGUGGUGGAAGGAUCUAUGCAGCUGGAAUUUGCUUCAUUAUGAGUGGACAAUCCCUUGGAGUGGUACUUCCAGAUUUGAAGUACUUGACAGAAGCAUCAGUAGCAUCCACAAGAAUCUUUAACAUGAUUGACAGAAAAGCAGUAAUUGAUGGUGAAGACACAACAAAGGGAAUAGUGCUAGACCAAAUUAACGGGAACCUAGACUUUGAACAUGUGAAAUUCACAUACCGUUCAAGACCAGACAACCUCGUACUCAAUGACUUCAAUCUGAGGGUUGAAUCAGGCAAAACGGUUGCACUUGUUGGUGCAAGUGGGAGUGGAAAGUCAACGGAUAGGGGUAAAAUGGGGCUUGUGAGUCAAGAACAUGCAUUGUUUGGGACAUCUAUUAAGGAGAAUAUUAUGUUUGGAAAGCUUGAUGCUACCAUGGAUGAGGUUGUUGCUGCUGCUACUGCUGCUAAUGCUCAUAACUUUGUUAGGCAGCUCCCUCAGGGUUAUGAAACCAAGAUUGGAGAAAGGGGAGCACUUCUUUCAGGAGGACAAAAGCAGCGAAUAGCAAUUGCAAGAGCCAAUAAGAAUCCAGUGAUUCUUCUUCUUGAUGAAGCAACCAGUGCUCUUGACUCUGAAUCUGAAUUACUUGUCCAAAAUGCCCUUGAUCAUGCCUCAUUGGGCAGGACUACAUGGUAAGUUGUUGCACACAAGCUAUCAACUGUCCGAAGCGAUGUCAUAGCCGUUGUCAACGCCGGUUCCAUCAUCGAAAUCGGCACGCACAACGAGCUCAUAACCCAUCCAAACGGCCAAUAUGCAAAGCUAGCAAACUCCAAACAACUCAGCUUGAGUCAACAAGAAAUAUCCAAUGCUCUUUCUUCUGCAGCAAGAAGCAGUGAUGGUAGAACCAGCACAGCAAGAUCAACAAGCCCUGCAAUUUUCCAAAAAUCACCAAUCCCUAUUGAUGAUAACACCAUAAACCCGGAAUCAUCUCUUGUUUCUCACCCUUCACCUUCUUUUCCAAGGCUUCUAUCUCUGAAUGCACCUGAAUGGAAACAAUGUUUAAUUGGUACUUUUUCCGCAAUAGCUUUCGGCUCAGUGCAGCCCAUAUAUGCCUUAACAAUUGGUGGCAUGAUUUCUGCAUUUUUCGCCGAAAGCCAUAGUGAAAUGAUUCACAGAAUCAGGACUUACUCUUUGAUUUUCACUUCUCUUUCUCUUGCUUCCAUCACACUCAACCUCUUGCAGCACUACAAUUUCGCAUACAUGGGAGCAAGAUUAACAAAAAGGAUACGGCAGAGAAUGCUUGAGAAUAUCUUAACAUUCGAAACGGCUUGGUUUGAUGAAGAAAAUAAUUCCAGUGGAGCAUUGUGCUCGAGGCUAAGCAAUGAGGCUUCCAUGGUUAAGUCCCUUGUCGCGGAUCGCGUUUCAUUGCUGGUUCAAACAGCUUCUGCUGUCAGCAUUGCAAUGAUCAUAGGACUCGCCGUGGCGUGGAAGCUCGCUCUUGUGAUGAUAGCAGUGCAGCCACUCACAAUCCUCUGCUUCUACACAAGAAAAGUUCUUCUCUCUACACUCUCAUCAAAAUUCAUCAAGGCACAGAAUCAUAGCACACAGAUUGCAGUUGAAGCAGUGUACAACCACAGAAUUGUGACUUCAUUUGGAAGCAUACAAAAGGUUUUGACAUUAUUCGAUGAAGCGCAGGAGGCGCCAAGGAAGGAGGCGAGGAAGAAGUCGUGGCUGGCAGGGAUUGGAAUGGGGUCUGCUCAAUGCCUAACAUUCAUGACAUGGGCUUUGGAUUUCUGGUAUGGAGGGACAUUGGUGGAGAAGAAGGAUAUUUCUGCAGGGGAUGUGUUUAAGACAUUCUUUGUUUUGGUUAGCACUGGGAAGGUCAUUGCUGAAGCUGGAAGCAUGACUUCUGAUCUUGCAAAGUCCUCAACUGCUGUCAAAUCUGUUUUUGAGAUUCUUGACAGGAAAUCACUUAUUCCCAAGGCUGGUGAUUGCAACAAUGGAAGAAAGUUGGAAAAUAUGAGUGGGAAGAUAGAACUAAAGAACGUUGAUUUCGCCUACCCAAGUAGGGCAGGGACACCGAUAUUGCGCAAGUUUUGCUUGGAGGUGAAGGCAGGGAAGAGUAUUGGGUUAGUUGGGAAGAGUGGUUGUGGAAAAUCAACAGUGAUUGCAUUGAUCCAAAGAUUCUAUGAUGUUGAGAGAGGGUUUGUGAAAAUGGACAAUGUGGACAUAAGGGAACUAGAUAUUCAAUGGUAUAGGCAGCACACUGCACUUGUUAGCCAAGAACCUGUCAUAUAUUCUGGCACUGUAAGGGAUAACAUCUUGUUUGGGAAGCAAGAUGCAACUGAGAAUGAAGUUGUUGAGGCUGCAAAAGCCGCAAAUGCUCAUGAGUUCAUAUCAUCAUUGAAAGAUGGAUAUGAAACAGAAUGUGGAGAAAGGGGAGUGCAACUAUCUGGAGGGCAAAAGCAGAGAAUAGCAAUAGCAAGGGCCAUAAUAAGGAACCCAACAAUAUUGCUGCUUGACGAAGCAACAAGUGCACUUGAUGUUCAAUCAGAACAAGUUGUGCAAGAAGCAUUAGACAGGAUCAUGGUGGGAAGAACCACCAUUGUUGUAGCACAUAGGCUCAACACCAUCAAAGAACUUGACUCGAUUGCAUAUGUCUCAGAGGGUAAGGUUCUUGAGCAAGGAACCUAUGCUCAACUUAGGCACAAGAGAGGUGCCUUCUUCAAUCUUGCAUGCCAUCAAAUCCAAAAUUAGGUAGCAAUAAUAAUAACAAUAAUGUAAUUAUUAUAAUGAAAAUUUACAUGUCUUGUAAUCCCUAAAAUAAGUAAUAAUCCUAUCACUAAUUAGUACUUUGAACUUUAAA